AUGUCUCCGCUCCGUUUACUUACAAGGACUGCUUUCAGUUCACCAGCUUACCAAAUUACUUCUUCCUUUUUUUUUUUUUUUCUAUUUUUUUCUUGGUUAUGUCUGUAAUUAGUUUCUCUUUAAUCUGAGACUGAAUUGUUUUGUUACAUUUGAUUAAUCAACAUCUAAAACAAGAUAAUCACCGAACGGAUAUAUUCUUGUUCGAUUCCAUCCAUCACUGUUUCUUUUUUGUCUUCCAAAUGAAGAUUCGAUCUUUGUAGUUAUGCUGUUUUUACUCUUUCUAAGGCCCGUUUCGUUCAUCUCCUACACUUCUUUAAACUCUUUCCUUUAUGGCUAUUAGAGGAGUCGAUUUCAAGUGGUAUGAUGGGUUCUUCUUGUCUAUGCUGGCUACAAGUGUAAUCAUUGUUGCAAUCAAUUGGAAGCGCUAUCAUCUUUGUACAUACCCGUUGCAUAUAUGGAUUGUGGUCGAUUACACUACUGUGUUCGUUUUUCGUCUUUUGAUGUUUGUAGAUAAUGGACUUGCCGCUGGAAUGGGUUUGGAUUUUGGAUGGCAGCAGAGGUAUGCUCGUUUUUGUGGAAGAAUAGUGGUUCUUUCAAUUCUAUCUCUGCUACUUUAUCCAUUUCUUUGGGCUUGGACUAUAAUUGGCACUCUAUGGUUCACCAGCGCAAGGAACUGUCUGCCAGAAGAAGGUCAGAAAUAUGGUUUCCUGAUUUGGCUUCUUUUUAGUUACUGUGGACUGCUCUGCAUUGCUUUUAUGUCUAUGGGAAAGUGGAUGGCACGGAGACAAGCACACCUAUUACUUGCUCAGCAGGGGAUUCCUAUUUCAGAAUAUGGGGUUGUGGUGGACAUGAUUCGAGUACCAGAUUGGGCAUUUGAAGCUGCAGGCCAAGAGAUGAGAGGCAUGGGCCAAGAUACAGCAUCAUACCAUCCUGGACUUUAUUUGACUCCAGCUCAGAGAGAAGCAGUGGAGGCACUUAUUCAAGAACUUCCAAAAUUCAGGUUAAAGGCUGUUCCUACUGAUUGCAGUGAAUGUCCAAUCUGCUUGGAAGAGUUCCAUAUAGGGAAUGAGGUUAUUUAUAUUGAUGUUAGAGCCACUAUGUUCACAGCUUUGGAAAUUUAUACUCUGUCCCCAGUUCGUGGCUUGCCUUGUGCACACAAUUUUCAUGUAGAAUGCAUUGACGAGUGGCUUAGAUUGAAUGUGAAGUGUCCUCGAUGCCGAUGUUCUGUGUUCCCAAAUCUUGACCUCAGUGCCUUGUCCAACCUCCGAAGUGCUGACUCUGAACGACCAUCAGCCAGUGUAGUAACAACAACCCAAUAUGUGAGAACCCAGCCUCCCAGCCAGAGCUAUUUAUUGAGAUUGCAAGGUUUGCUCCGUCCCGUCCGAACAGGCAAUGCCGGUGCACUUAAUGAUGCAGAUGUUGCUUUAGAAACUGCUGAGAAUGGAGGCUUGAAUGUGGCAUCUCAGGAUUCUACAGGCACAGAAACUGUACCAGGACACGGUCUUGGUGGUCACUCCACUGCACCACAACAGUGAACUUUUUCUUGAAUUUUCCCUGACGAUUUUUUCUAACAUCUAGCCCAAAGAGGCUAGACGAUGAUGUUUGUCCAUGGCCAUUGCUAAACACUUGCACUGGUUGCUCACUGUAACGAAUGAUUUGUAAGUUGACCUACCAGUAUAUCAAGUUCUCUGAUUCAAGAGUUUGUUAAUUGUAAUCACAUUGGAAAAUGACGUUCCAUAUUCGUAGUUAUGUACAUGCAUAAAGUUACGGAGCAAUGUUCUAAAUUAAA